UUCGUGCAACUAGAAGAUUUCUGUAUGUUCUGCGAAUUCACAAUUGAUUAACUCAACUGUGCGACUUGAACGCAACUAUAUCCGUGUUUACAUCACAAUGGUAUCCGUCGUGGAGGUCCUGUGCCUCUUGCUGGUGGCGAUAUUAUGGGGCUGCACCAACCCCUUCCUGAAAAGGGGCACGGAAGGAAUAGAGCAUGUGAAAAGAACCAACAAGGUUUUACAAGUUCUGGCGGAAGUCAAGUUCCUAUUCCUUAAUCUCCAGUAUUUGGUCCCAUUCCUUCUGAACCAGCUGGGGUCGUUGGUUUACUAUUUCACCCUGGCCACAACAGAUUUAUCCCUAGCUGUUCCUGUGACCAACUCCCUCACUUUCCUUUUAACUGUGCUUACUGGCAAGAUUCUUGGCGAAGAGUUUGGAGGCAAACGAGCUGUCGGGGGAAUGGUCCUUACCAUGGUAGGCAUCACUCUGUGCAUCGUAAGCUCCAUCGGGGACACGCCCAUCCUCAGCAGUGAACAGAACCAGGCAGAUGCCACUCUUCAAUAAGGAACUCUUCCCUUUUCAUCAUCAAUCAUCACGCUUUAUAAUGAUUCACAUGUGUUUAUCCUCCAGUGAGGAGGUGCCCCCGUCAGGUAACAAGGAUCAUGGAAUUGAUCGUUUUUUCGCAAAGUAUUAGGAUGAAAUGCAAAAAAAGAAUCAAAGACUAGGGUAUAAGCCCUGGCCCACUCCUCCUGUUAAAUAGGCUGAGCCCUGGGUUCACAUAGGGUGCACUUCAGUGCUAAAGCAGAUUUACAGCCCCUGAAUAGAAUUUCCUGCUCGUUAACUUGUACUUUACGGCACUAAACGCCUUUACUGGCAUCUAUACAGACACUAUAGAAACCACAUACAAAAAAGGUGAUGGUUGAACGCGAACAAACAAACUGUCAUUGCCUUUUCACGGGGGCUGUCUUACUGCCGCCGUGUCCGCUGUGAUCUGUGGCCGUUAGUGUGCAAACGCAAGCAUGGUGAAAUGAACAAUUUACAUAACAUAGGUAUAUUUUUUAUAUAUAUUUUUUGCUUUUGCUAUGUGGUGGGCCCUGCUGAAUAGUUGUUUAUUUCCAUAAAAAAGGUUAUUUGGGCAUUCUGUAUGCAUUUUGUUUAAUAUAUAUGAAUGUAUAAUGUAAUAAAUGAAUAUUCAGCAACUCUCUAUUUCCCAGUCAAUAGCUGUCUAAUAGCUGUCUCUAUUUCACAGUUGUAACAUAAAGUCAUCGGUCUCACACAGUAUUGGGUUUUAGAUAUACUUCACACAGACAUGAAUAUUCGUUAACCAGUGUAGGCUGUGUAGGUAUACGGCUCAUACUUUGCACUCAGUGGUCAUCGUUAUUCACACAGUACAUUUUAGGUAGUUAUAUGGUUGAAAGGACCUCCGUUUUUGGUCACUGGUGCAUCGGAUGUUUCCAUUAUGUCUGCUUGGGACUUUGGUAAAGACUCCUGUUGGGACAAUAAAAACAGGCCAAUGACAAAAGCUAAAAAAUAACUGCUACUGGAAAUGUAGUUGAAGUUACAAUACAGUGACUUUUGUUUUGUAAAACCUUUGAGUUUGGGGAUUGUGGACUUGAUCCGUAUCCUUCCACUGCCCUGUUUUCCUCUUCGACCUGUCCACUUCUUGAGGCCAGGGAUGUGGAGGAAGACACCCUUGGGAUGGCAGCCGUUUGUUCUUGCCCGAGAUCAGCCUGACGGCAGAGGGAAAGUGUCCGAUCUAAUCAAUCUUUUAUGCUAAGCAGAAUAGCAACUGUAAAAGGGACCAUCCACUCACUCAACAGAAUGCAAGAACCUUGUGGACUUUACUUAAAAUGACAGUUUUUAGGA